CUAGUUCUUCCUCACAGGUGGAUAAUUUAGUAUAGUGGUGAAAUGGUGUCAUCCAGUGGCCAUACGUGGCUUUAAACGCUCCACUAAGUCCCGCCCCUGAGUAGCAACCAAUCACAACUCGCCUUUAUGAAUCGGACUCUCUAUGCUCUGAGUUGUGUCUUUCAGUCUUCAUGGCAACCGACAACUGCUGAGUGUGCCCGUUAAAGCUGCUGUCUGUUGCAUAGUACACUAUACUAUGCAUACUACGCAAAACUGAUACAAGGAUCUGCAAACAUCAGAAUCACCUUUCGUCUUGAAAUGUAAUGAUCCACAAGCUAUAAAUUUCCUAGCCAUGGCUUUGAAAGGGGACCUUGCUCUAGAGUCACAUCACCAAGAAAAGAAGCAGAGUAUUUCUGUGCCUGGCUGAAUGGUAAAUGGAUACAAGAAAAAAAACUACUGCAGGGGUGCUGGUUUGGACCCCUGCUCCUGUCUGCACCUUACCCACCAGAUCGGUGUUGUAUGAGGAUGAGAAUGGAGAGCAGGCUGAGAAAGAUGACUUUGUCAGCCAGAUGAAUGAGAAUGGCAUAAUUGGUCUGUCUGAGGACCUAAAGAAUGUGGAAUUGGGAGAAACCUGUAGUGGCAAAGAUUCAGACUGCAACCUAGGCUGUCAUCCUACACUCCUUACCUCUGAGAAGCUGUACCCUAAUGGAUAUAAGUGGGAUACACCCCCUGAGGAGAUGAGAUACAGCUUCAAGGAUCAUCUUACAGACACUGAGUUGCCAGGUGAGAAAGGACGCAACCUGUUACCAUAUAACAUGAUGAGUAGCGUAGAAGCACAAAGAGAGAAUGAAGCCAAAAAGAGGGGAAAAAGUCAGAGAAUAGAACAUCUAUCUGUGGGGGGGUCCCCCAAUGCAAACAUAAAGAUGAAGCAUAGAGACAAAAAAGAAAACAGUAGUGAUGUCACGAGAACAGAAAAUGACCACAGUUGCACAUCAGGUGUUAUAAAUGGUUUGAUUAAGAGCUACAUUAACAAAGUAGACAAUAAAAAGAUCAGAUCACCGCCCUCUUGUGGACAUUACACACCAGCUGGCGUCUCCUGCCAACCUUGCCAAGGUCCCCAGUCUGCCAGACUUACCUCAGCCCUCACCCUUCCCUAUCUCUUACAUUUCACACCAGAGGAAUUUGCUGCUGCACCAGGGAUUGAUGCAGAAACCUUUCCAGAGAUGGACUUUAUAGAAAGUCUUACAGAUUCUGAGAGCAGCCUCAGGUCCAGCCUUUGCUCCCUAAGAAAAUCUAAGAGCAAUCAGCAGAAGGGGCAUCAGGCACCAGCCAUCUGCCCUGAACUACAUAUGUCACAGAAUUGUUCCUCAAAAUCCAGACAGAGUCCUAACAGGGAUUCAGAAAAACAUAAUUUCGACACCAAUACUAAGGCUGCUGAAAUGAAUAAAUCCAAAAAAUGGACUUUAAGUCACCGUACACCAGACCUCUCCAAGGUGGAGUCUAGGAUUCGUUUCCCCAAGAAUGGUGCUAAGCUUCCUAAAAGCAAACUCUCCUCAAAAAAGGAAUUUCCUGGUUCCCCUGUAGUACAUAAAUCUCCGGCUGAAAUGAUGAAAGAUGUCUUUCUGGAGGCCUCGGAUCAACCUCCCUCCGCAUCAGACUGUGACAAAACACCAGCCAGUGCCCUCCCCUUUGCAGUGCCUCAGGACGUCAGAAGCUGGCAGCAGGCGACCAUUCUUCUUGAACAGUUACAAGAGGACUAUAACAGACUGCUCACUAAGUAUGCUGAGGCUGAGAACACAAUUGAUCGUUUACGUCUAGAAGCAAAGGUGAACCUGUACUCUGACCUGCCAAAGCCCGGGCCCUCCUUGCAUUCAGGCCAGCGUCAUGAUGCUUCAAAGUUCAUGAUGAUGCUGGAUUUUCCUCAGACUCAGAAAGCAGACAUAAAGUCAGCUUUUCCUUCCAAUGGACACAGCUCUUCUCAAACAGAACAGGUGGACAACAUUCUCUACAUUCAGGCUGACAGCUUUCUCCAGCAGCUGCAGGCAUAUCAGGAUAUCCUAAGUGGAAAGAAACUCAAACCUCAUGAACAGAUGAGGGAUCUUUCAAAGCUUGUUAAGGCUCUUGAUUCUUUAGAAAGGGGCUACCUUCUGGCUAAAGAUGAUCAUAAGCUUUUGCAUCAGGAAGGGACAAAAGUCAACCACUUUGAUCCUGAACGCAAGCUGGAGGGCCUGAUUUACCAGUGUGGACUGUAUAUGGACGAACUGAAAGAACAGGUUGAAAAGAUGCCGAAGGGGCAGCCCACAUGUGAGACUCAUCCAUCUCCACCUACUGAUCCUAAUCUUUCACAUGUCUCCUCUGAAAUGGGCAAAACACUGCCUCACCCACAGACCCUAUCUGUGCCCUUGAUGGUUGAUUAUGGAGCAGUUGAGGUGAGCUCAGUCACUGAAGAGAGUGAUCAAAUGGAGGUGGAAGAUGAUGAAAUAUUUAAGUCUUUUUACCUUAAACCCAUGACUGGCAAACACAGAUAUGUUCCAAAGGAUUCUGUCUCAGUAAUAGAUGGGAACAUCAAAUCAAACCAUCAGGACCACCCUCCUCUGCACACCAGCAAACAGCAGACCAGUAGGUCCAUUCCUUCUUUGCACGGCUUGACCACGUUGCCUGUGCAUGUACCCAGUAGCAGCAGGAGGUUCGGCAUGAGUAAAUCCCACAGUACCAGCUUGAACAGUCUAGGCGAGAUCACAACACCAGAAACGAGGAUCUCUCCACAACACACUGGAAGCAGUAAGCUGCUAUCUCAGAAUGGAAUCAUCUCUCCAGAGGCAGACAGUGGCUUUGUGGGCUCAGAGAGGAGCCACCUAACUCCAUUGGCCGCUUGGAGUCUGCUCCAUCAGAGUGCCUCUGAGGGUGAGGCAUUCCUUAACGAUGAAAGGACAAAGAAGCCUUCUACAGUCACUAGGACAUCUCUGGCUUCUUCACCCUCCCAUAGUCACAUGGAGCCCAGUGAAUCCUCCCACCUCACCCCUGACCAACAAAUGAGAAACAGACAGGGGCAGAGACAUCACAUUUUCUCCUGCUCUCCACAACACUGGUUAAUUCAGACAGAACAACCAAGAAUGAGCUGUAGGACAGCUCAUUCAGCUUCUGAAGAUGGACAGAGCGAACAUUUUAACAAAUACAUUACUUUAGUCCACAGAACUAACUCUAGCUCUAUGCAGUAUGACCGCGGAAAUUCUGUAAGAGCACCAGGCUUCAGUCAGGUGGUGAAUCGCGAUGAUGCAAUAGAGUCACUGCAGGCUGAGCUGACCACACUGAAGGAGAGACUGGAAAGCUGUCUGGAAAAUAAGAAGCCUUAUUGCUCUGUGAGAGCAUCUCCUUCAGAUCCCUGCUCCACAUUUGCACCUCACAUGCAUGGAGAUGAACGACAAAAUAAUAUCAACAGGGGAAGAGGACAAACAAACACAGAUAACGAAGUGGAGGAGCUGAGAAGAGGAAGCAGAAGCAGUGCUUCUGCACACAGACAAAAAGCACAGUCCGACAUCUGUAAGUUGACCAUUUCAGAGCUGAAGUCGUCAGUGGUGUCACCUCAGCCACAGAUGGCCAAAUGUACUCAGACAUCCGCUGUAGAAAUGGACAAUUACCCUCACACCAAUGCUGUUUACAACAGAAUGCCCAGGAGGGGGAAACCUGAUGUGUCCAUACGUGACAGAGCUUGUCAAUCGGAAGCUGAUGGAAAGACGGAGGCGGUCUGCUCUUCUCACUGUCGUCACUAUCCUCUCUGUAGGCGUCCUAACCUGUACAGAAGCGCUAAGCAAGCUGAUUCAGGGUGUUGUAGAGGCCCUGGCUUCGCCACAUACAGAAGCUGCCAACUGCCACCUGAGUUCACUGUCAAAGCAGAGUGUGGCACAUUCAAUGCAGCUCCUCCUAUACUACUACAGUACAUGCCAAUGUGCCCUCCACCAAUCCUCUUGUACUCAUCGCCCAUCAAUGCAUCUCCUAACAACAGUGGCGCAUCCUCAGCAGUUAGAGGUUGUGGGGAACCUCUGACUGAGGUGAAGGAGAGGAACAGAUGCUCCCUGUCUGCUGACAAGCAGCUCUCCUUGGACAGAUCUCUGAACAAGGCCAUCAGGGCAGCUCGACACAUGAAAGACACUUCUAGACGCAUGGCUCACUCUCUAGCUACUGGACUGGAGUAUCAGGAACUCUUGACUCAGUCUUGCAGCUACUAGUCUGGACUCACUCCACAUGCAGCAUAGAUUGAGAAAUAUAAUCUUCGAAGAUUGUAAGGCUAGACCAAAGCAAAUAAAAGAUCUUCUCUGAAAAGACUGAAAAGCA